AAAGAUUCAUUUCCAUUUGCUCUCUCUACUUGCGGCAUUUUGUUCGAGAGAGCAUACCACCAGAAGUUAGACGCAGAUUCUAGGGUUUUAUUUCUCUCUUUCCGUUUCGUCUUCCAGGUUACAAUUGGAACCUUAUGGAGGGGGCCAGCAAUGGAGGCAUGUUGUACCAUGAGGUUCAAGAGUCCAAGCUCUGCGCCGUCCAUUGUGUCAACACCGUCUUGCAGGGUCCCUUCUUCUCCGAAUUCGAUUUGGCUGCUCUCGCUUCCGAUCUUGACCGAAAAGAACGCCAGAUGAUGCUCGGCGGAUCCACCACUGGUGAUUUCCUCUCCGAGGAGUCUCACAAUGUCUCCUUGGACGGUGACUUUAGUAUCCAGGUCUUACAAAAGGCUUUGGAGGUAUGGGAUCUCCAAGUCAUUCCUCUCAACUCACCAGUUGCUGAACCUGCACAGAUCGACCCUGAACUGGAGAAUGCAUUUAUAUGUCAUUUGCAAGACCAUUGGUUCUGUAUUAGGAAAGUGAAUGGGGAGUGGUACAAUUUUGAUAGUCUAUACGCAGCUCCACAGCAUCUUUCUAAGUUUUACCUUUCAGCCUACUUGGACUCUCUAAAGGGCUUUGGUUGGAGCAUUUUUCUUGUGAGGGGUAACUUCCCGAAGGAUUUUCCCAUCUCAUCCUCCGAAGCAUCUAAUGGUUACGGUCAGUGGCUUUCCCCUGAGGAUGCUGAGAGGAUAACCAAAUCCUGCAACUCUACACAAGCUCCACCACAAAGAAUAAACUGGACGGAGCAGCAAGAUACAUUUCUUUCAUCCGGAGAAGCAGAAAUGCUUAUGGACAUGGAAGAUGAGGAGUUGAAGGCUGCAAUAGCUGCUAGCCUUAUGGAUUCCUCAGCAGGAGCUGCCAACUCCCAAAAUGAACCUGCAGCUUCCACCCAACAAGCUGCCUCCCCCCAGAACAUACCUGUUGUUUCCCUUGAACCUGCCAACUCCCAAGAUGUACCUGCAGUUUCCCCAAAAGCUGCCAUCCCCCAAGAUGUACCUGCAGAUCCCACCAAAUCUGCCUCCCCCAAAAACGACAUACCUGUUGUUUCCCCUGAAGCUGCCACCUCCCAGGAUGUAAAUGCAGUUUCCCCUGAUGUUGCCACCACCCAAGAUGUUGGGGCAGUUUCCCCUGAUGUUGCCACCACCCAAGAUGUUGGGGCAGUUUCCCCUGAUGUUGCCACCACCCAAGAUGUUGGGGCAGUUUCAACCAAAGCUGCCAUUUCCAGUAAUGAACCUGCAGUCUCCACCCAAGUUGCCGCCCAUCAAAACGAAUCUGGGGUCAGUCAAGAUGCUGCCUUUCUUGAAAGUGUAGCUGCAGAUGCUGCAGAAUGUGCUGUUUCCAGCCCUCGAAAGAAAAUCAGUCGUACUACGAAUUAGAAAAGUGCGUGAGGAAGAGUAUUUUUGUGCCUGCUAUUUGAUUAUUGGUUGAAGAAUGAUGUACGGGAUUGGCACGUUAACCAUAGAAGAGAGUGCAGGAGAGAAGAGAAGAGGGAACCCCGAUCCUUGUUGAGGUUUAGCUAGUCGAUGUCGAAUCCAUAUGCUUUUUUACAGUCGUUCUGUGCAGUGUAACUAUUUUUACUUUACUUUUUCAAUUUUCAGAUUGAUACUGUAUAAACUUUCAGAAAUAAGCCGUCUGGCUCGGCCUCUGGAUUGUCACAAAUGUUCGAUUAAUGAGAUGCAUUUGUCUUAGCAAUUAUUUCCAA